CGGGCUGCCCUGUUUAGCGACCGGACCCGAAACGGGGAAGUUGUCUUGUGUGGAGAGGUUAGUAGAUCUGCGCGCGCGUCACCAGAGUCGUUUCUCUUCGGAGUCUUAGGUGAUCGAGGGUGUGCCCAGGGGGCGGACUUGUUUGCGCCUCCCGUUCCCUCCCAAUUUCCAAACGUGUCACCCCGGCGCCGACGGCCCUGUGCAGGGGAAGCAGGAUGGAGUUCAAGCUGGAGGCUCACCGCAUCGUCAGCAUCUCUCUGGGCAAGAUCUACAACUCGCGGGUCCAGCGCGGCGGCAUCAAGCUGCAUAAGAACCUCCUGGUCUCGCUGGUGCUGCGCAGCGCCCGCCAAGUCUACCUGAGCGACCCGUGCCCCGGCCUCUACCUGGCCGGUCCCGCUGGGACCCCGGCACCGCCACCGCAGCAGCAGCCCGGGGAGCCGGCGGCCGGGCCACCCGCCGGCUGGGGAGAGCCGCCCCCGCCCGCCGCUCGUGCCUCUUGGCCGGAGACCGAGCCGCAGCCGGAGCGCUCCUCCGUCUCAGACGCGCCGCGGGUAGGGGACGAGGUGCCGGUGGCCACGGUGACUGGAGUCGGGGACGUUUUUCAGGGCGGAGAGGCGGACGCGACGGAAGCUGCUUGGAGCCGCGUGGAGGGGCCGCGCCAGGCGGCAGCCAGAGAAGCCGAGGGUACCGCCGGAGGCUGGGGCGUCUUUCCUGAGGUAUCUCGUGCCGCGCGCCGCCCCUGCGGCUGCCCCCUAGGCGGGGAGGACCCGCCGGGUACACCGGCCGCGACCCCCCGCGCUGCCUGCUGCUGCGCGCCGCGACCAGCCGAGGACGAGCCCCCCGCGCCGCCCGCGGUGUGCCCCAGGAAGCGCUGCGCGGCGGGGGUGGGCGGCGGCCCAGCGGGCUGCCCGGCGCCCGGCUCGACCCCGCUCAAGAAGCCCCGCCGGAACUUAGAGCAGCCGCCGAGUGGAGGAGAGGACGACGACGCGGAGGAGAUGGAGACCGGGAACGUGGCUAACCUCAUCAGCAUCUUCGGUUCCAGUUUCUCGGGACUCCUACGGAAAAGCCCCGGGGGCGGCAGGGAGGAAGAGGAGGGAGAGGAGAGCGGUCCGGAAGCCGCCGAGCCCGGGCAGAUCUGCUGCGAUAAGCCGGUGCUGAGAGACAUGAACCCCUGGAGCACAGCCAUCGUGGCUUUCUGAGCCCUUGGCCCCCCUGCGGGGAGGAGGUGGAGCAGCGGGCGUCCCCGAAGUGAGGGCCAGGCCCUUCCCGGCUGCGAGGACGCCCAGAGACCGCGGGCGCUGAGCGCGUUGGGCAGACUGGUUGCCUCUGGGCAUCGCAAACUGCCCCCGGGCGCAUCUGGCUUAUCUGGAGACCUGGGAGCUUGAGGCUCAUUGGAAGAGGACGAUCGUUAACUUUUGUGUUUGUGUAUGUCUGUGUAUGUAAGUUUGUCUUGUGGCAUUAAGACUAUUUUGCUCUUCUGGAAUGCACCACUCCUUCCCCAGGGUUUAAGAGAUUGGGGGCAGACAGGGACUUUCCUCUGCCGGCUGCGUGGAGAAGGAAGCGGCUAAAAGGUUUGGGUCGGGGAGUUCCCCAUUCGUUCUCCGGGGAGGGAGGGACUUUACACCCACCCCUCACCGGAAAGCUAGACCCGCUUCAGGGCCAGGAGUGGCGUUUCCGCACAGGAUUUCCUAAGACGAGAGGGAUUUAGCCAAGAGCACAGACUUGGAUUCCUUCUGUCCCUCCCCACCUUUCUCUCCCAAUGAAGAAACGUUUAUAUCCUGUGAUUACUCUAGGAAAGGGGCGUAUUAACGGUCCUUUGCUUCCCCGCAGGGGAGAAAAAGCUUGACGAACUUCACAGAAGAGUUCAAGCUUGGAAAUAAUGGAGUUUAUAGAGAAAAGAUAUAUUUUUAAAAGCUCUAGGUCAGAAGUACUACACAGUGCUUUUAAAAAGUGUUAAAUGAGAGUUUACAGACAGAAGCCCGAAGUGGAAAGACCUUAUGGUUUUGUAGAUAUGGUGACUCCAGUCUUUGUUGUAUAAAGGUUGGGGGAGCUGAUAAGGUUUUUGUACAGUAUUUUCUCCUUCGUUGUAUUGAUUUUUGUAUAAAAAUGUAACUUCUACGUGUCUAACACGUAUUAAAUAUUUUGAAGCAACGUAA